AUGACUUUCUUACGUCCUGAUGAAGAUUCAACUAAAAAGGAAUCCAGUAACAUAGAUAGCCUGAAUUCAAGUUUUGAAUCGGUCAAUAUGGACCAAUCUUCAACAAAUUCAGAUAAACCCGAUCUCCCCUCAAAAACUAACGAUGAUGAGACAAACAAAUCGAAUCCAAAUAGUACGGGACAGGGACCAACAUGUGACACUCCAAGGGUGACAACUCAAGAUAUAGAUCCUGGUAAUACAUUAUUAUAUCCAGAUCUUGGUACCGCAAACUUCCCAAUGAAAACUUCCAAUAGAAUCAUCGACGAUAUCCUUUGUGACUUAUCAUUUAUUAAUGGUCCUAAUUUGUCAUUCAAAAACGGGAUAUUACAAGAAUCUAUGAUAAUGUAUUCCAAGGAACGUAUCAAUAAUCAGGCUUACCUUUUUGGUUCAAUGGUAGAUCAAGUUGCAUUACAAACUAAGUAUGAAUAUAAUUCGCUUACUUGUCCAGCAAAUAAUAAGCUAGAAGUACAGUUUGGAAUAUUAAUGAAUUUACCAUCUAAUAUUACAAAUGUCGAUGAAAUCAUCUCUAAAGUCCCCAUAUAUCAUUUGAAAAUUACUGUUAAGACUCGUCAAUUGUUAGAAGUUUCCAAAAAACAAGCCGGGAUAACUCAAUAUCAUUUGUUAGAUUUUGAAGAUCUUCAUCAUUUCGAUAAAAGAGACCUAAUGACAUUUGACCCUGAUAAUCCAGACCUAUUAGAUUAUGCUAUUUAUGUCUCUAGUGAUACCAACAGAUUAAUCUUGAUUGAAAUCUUCUCCACUGAAUUUGACUCUAGGGAAGAACGUGAAAGUUUCCAAACAGCAACUAUUAAGAGUCGCUACCAAGAAGCAUGUAAAAAGUUUGAUACAUUAGACCCCGAGGCCGUUCCUACUGGAAUUGAUUGUUUAAAUACCGUUUUGAAACUGCUGAAACAACCUUUGACUAGGAAAAACAAUAAUGAUAAAAUAAGAACAGUUAGUUCUAACAAUCCUAUUUUACAUUCACAUUUUAAUCCGGAAUGGUUACUUGAAAAAUAUAAUUUCACAAAACAUUAUGCCACUGAUGAGACCACAGGACAGGAAGUACUUGAGUAUGAACCACCAGAUUUAAUAAGCUACGUCCAAGGUUAUAAAGUAAGAUCGCUUCGAGAAAAAUAUAUUCGAAGAUGUUUGCAACUUAUCUUUUGGGGGAAAUGUUUAGUUCAAUUAAGAGUAGAUCAAUCUGAUCCAGCGCUGAGAGGUUCUAAAUCAUAUCGUGCUUUCAAUUUAUUAAAUACCACAACUUCUACAAAUCCCUUAUAUCAGUUAUUGAAUGAUUCUAAGUCAAAUUUUCUAGCCAGUACACGGAACGACUCUGAUUCAAUGGCAUUGGAUCAAAACUUCCAUUUCAUUAAUCUUUCUACUUCAUCAUACUACACAGAUCGCGAUAUUAUUAAAAAUUAUGAAAGAUUAAUCGCGUUAGAUCCGCCAAAUAUCGGAACAUAUUUUGAUGCAUUAAGUUACAUCGCCAACCGGAAGGGAUCAUAUCAAUUAAUUGCAUAUUGUGGUAAACAAGAUGUUGUCGGUCAGGAAAAUAUCAAUAUGGCAUUGAAAUGUUUUAAUAUUGAUCCUAAUGUAGUUAACCUGGAAUCCAUCGAUGAUAGUCUUUUGUUAUCCAUUUAUAAAAAUGAAUCUGUUAAAGAGGGAGCAGAUUUUGUUAACUUGAAAAAUGCAAUGAGAUUGUUUGCCAAAAUUAGAAACUCUCCACAAUUGAAAUUUUACGUUGAUCAUGAACCGUAUCGAAAUGUAAAUCAAGCCUAUGAGACUUUGGAAAUUGAUUCAUCCGUUGAUGAUGAUAUUAUCCAGACCGCAUAUAGUAUCAAGACAGUCGAUGCUCCAGGAUUGAAAAUAGAUUGCGACAGAGCAUUGUAUACUAUUGCCAUUCAGAGGAGAAGCAUGAUAUUAUUCAAUUUUCUACUAGAAAAUUGUUCCGAAUUCCAAGCUUACUAUAAUAUAGGCAGAUAUGAUUACCGUCAAGCUUUGGGAAUAUUGCAAGUCAAUGAAAAUGCAAACGAUGAAGUAAUCUUGAAGAACUUCCAAACAAAAUGGUUUAACGAACAAAUACAUGAAGCUGAUCAAUUUUUAAAUUAUAAGUGCGCGUUAAUGAAAUUGGGAUUAGAAAGGAACUCUAAAUUGAUUAAUAAUUUCCUUAUGAAUGGGGUCAUUGAUCCAUCAUGUUUGCCCGUGGAAAACUGGCCAACUGGUAUAAAUAACAUAGGUAAUACAUGUUAUCUGAAUUCUUUGUUACAAUAUUAUUUUUCAAUAUCACCGUUGAGAGAAUAUGUUCUUGGUUAUUCUAAGACGUAUGAAGAUUUUUAUGAUGCAAAACGAAAUGCUAAAACAAUCAGAAGAAUUGGAGGAAGAGAAGUUGGUGAUAAUGAAGUGGAAAGAUCUAUCCAAUUCAUUUAUCAAUUAAGGGAUUUGUUCUAUGCAAUGAUUUAUACAAAUAAAAGAUGUGUUACACCUAGGAGAGAAUUAGCCUACCUCGCAUUUGCCCCAAGCAAUGUGGAAGUUGAAUUUGAAAACGGCGUUACAGAUGCUAAAGAAGAUGUUAGCCACUACAAUGAUGAUAAGACAAGUGACACCUUAAUAAAAAUAGGUGAAGGUGAUGAAGAUUUAGGGGAAGCUGAACGAACCGAGGCAUCGCCUACAGAAGAUAUUUACAUGACUGACGAUGAUAUGCUUGGCGCUGCAAAAGCAACUGAUGGAAUCAAUAAGGAGGAUGAAAGUACAGAAAAUGGGAUCGAUAUUUUACCAUCUACAAAAGUUGCCAAAAUAAGCUCAGAUCAAUUAGAAAACGCAUUAGAAAUGGGUAGACAACAAGAUGUAACAGAAUGUAUUGGUAACGUUCUUUACCAAUUGGAAAGUGGUUCGGAACCUCUUCAAAUUAAUCCAGAAGAUAAUGAACAAGAUGAUUUGGUAAAGCAAUUAUUUUAUGGGGAAAUAAAACAAGAUAUUAUCCCACUAUCUGGUGUUGGUGAAACUCGUCCAAAACUGGAAAGAUUUUUAUCUCUGUUAGUUAAUGUAGGUGAUCAUCCAAGAGAUAUUUAUGAUGCAUUGGAUAUGUAUUUUAAAGAUGAGUUCCUUACAAUGGAUGAGUAUGGAGAAGUGAAAAGGACAGUUGCCAUCACUAAAUUCCCAACAAUUUUACAAGUACAAAUCCAAAGAGUAUACUAUGAUCGAGAGAGAUUCAUGCCAUUUAAAUCUAUUGAACCUUUACCUUUCAGUGCCAAAAUAUACAUGGACAGGUAUGUAGAUACGGCUGAUCCAGAAAUAUUGGAAACAAGAGAGAGAACUGCGAAAAUGAAAGCAGAACUUGUUCAAUUAAAGAAAAGGCAGCAGGAAUUAUUGAGUAGAAACGAAGUAGGGCUUUCACGGAAAGAAGCAUAUUCUGAGACGGUGAAUUUCUUACAGUCUAACGCAUUACAAUUACAAGGUAUCGUGUUUGAAGGGCAAGAUGAAUUAAGUACAAUCCUGAAAAAAGCUGGAACUGAUAUCGAUGACGAAUUGUCAACGAUAUAUAAUCAAAUUACCCAAUUGGAAGAAACAAUUAGCCAUCAAUUUGAGCAGUUCAAGAAAGUGGGUUAUUCACUAUUUGCAGUUUUUAUCCAUCGAGGUGAAGCAAGUUACGGGCAUUAUUGGGUAUAUAUCAAAGAUUAUAACCAAAAUGGUAUAUGGAGGAAGUACAAUGACGAGACUGUUAGCGAAGUCCCUGAUGAAGAAGUGUUCAACUUCACAGAGGGCAAUACAGCUACACCAUAUUUUCUCGUCUAUGUAAAAGAAGGCAGUGAGAAAGACAUUGAACCCCUGAAGAGGAUUAUUGAGGAGUCUUAG